ACAAAAGCCACUCAACCAAUUCAGUGACUGCCUGCCAGGAUGUUGUCUCGCUCCUCGUUCCUUCGCCGCAACUUUGCUACGGCCGUGCGCUACCAUGCUCAAGGGGUGCCCACUGAAGUACUCAAGGUCGAAGCCGCUCCCGCCGCGACCGCCGCGUUGCAAGCUGGCGAAGUGGCUUUGAAGUUCUUGGCGGCGCCGAUCAACCCCGCCGACUUACACAUGAUCCGUGGUGGCUAUGGCAUCAAGCCCACCUUGCCCGCGGUCGGUGGUAACGAAGGCGUGGCCCGCGUCACGGCUGUGGGCAGCGGCGUCAGCGGCCUCAAGGUCGGCGACCGCGUCAUUCCCGCCGUUGCUGGGUUCGGCACGUGGCGCACGGACGCCAUCGCCAAGGAAGCCGACUUGUUGGCCAUCUCCAACAAGAUUCCCGUCGAAUACGCCGCGACGUUGGCGGUCAACCCUGCCACGGCCUACCGCCUCUUGGCCGACUUCGCCACCCUCAAGAGCGGCGACGUGGUGAUCCAAAACGCGGCCAACUCUGCCGUAGGCCAAGCCGUGAUCCAAUUGGCCCACUUGCGUGGCAUCAAGACCAUCAACAUCAUCCGCGACGACGAGCAGUACGCUGAAACCGUCCAACACCUCAAGGGUCUCGGUGCCACCAUCGUCACGACCGACGACUACUUGGGUUCGGCGGACUUCAAGCGCUUGAUCGCUGAUCUGCCCGCGCCCAAGCUCGCGCUCAACGGCGUCGGCGGUGCCAGCUCGCUGCAAAUCACCAAGGCAUUGACCAAGGGUGGUGUGUCUGUCACGUAUGGCGGGCAAUCCCACGAACCCGUGCUCGUCUCCACGACGGCGCUCAUCUUCCAGGAUGUGUCCGUGCGCGGGUUCUGGCUCUCCGAGUGGUCCAAGACUGCGCCCGUGGCCGAGCGCAAGGCCAUGUUGAGCGAAUUGGCUACCUUGUUUGAACAGGGCAAGCUGCGCUCGUGGGUCCAGACGUACCCGCUGGCCGAUUUUGACCAGGCCCUCGACACGGUCGUGCACCGAUUGACUAAGCGCAAGGUGGUGCUCCUCUUGGAAUAGAAAAGCCACCCCUUGUCUCUUAAUACAAUCACGACGACGUUUGUUCGCCUA